AUGGCUCCUGAACCGCUGGACAGCGAAGAGACGAGGCGUCUCCUUGCAACCAUCUCCAAGCUCGACGAUUUGUGCGUUCUCUUUGUCGACCAGCCGCAAAUCAUCGUCGUGGGAGAUCAGGGCUCUGGCAAAAGCUCCGUCCUCGAGGCCAUCUCGCGCAUCCACUUCCCCGUCGGCGAUGGCGUCUGCACGCGGUUCCCCAUCGAGCUGGUGCUGCGGAGAGCUCCCCAGGAGCAUACCUCUUUGGAAGUCUUGUUUGAUGCCAAGUCGCUCGACGUUGGUGGCAGAAGCUUUUUGAGAACAUCGCGUACAAGAGAGCCAUUUUUUCACAUUGGUUUUCCAAGAACUGAGUUGCCGGCUCUAAUCACCAGGGCAAAGGAGCACAUGUGCCUUGAAGAUGGAAAGGCUACAGGCUUCUCGAGAGACGUUCUGCUGGUGGAAAUCGAAGGCCCAGAUGUCCCAUCGGUGACUCUAGUAGACCUGCCUGGAUUCAUCCAUCCUGGCUUCUCGUCGCAGCUUCAAGAUUGGAAGAUCGUUGUCGAUGACUUAGUCGACAGCUACAUGAGGCGGCCAAACAGCCUCAUGCUCACCGUUGUCUCUGCAGACGUCCCCCUAUCCGCACAUGCCGUCUUGAACAGGGCUGCAAGAUUUGACCCAUAUGGAGACCGCACCAUUGGAGUCAUCACAAAGCCUGAUCUCUGUCCAAGCACAAACAUAGAAGAUCAAUACAUCAAACUCGCCAAAGGACAAGAACCCAACCACCGUCUGCCACUUGGUUGGCAUGUUCUACGCAAUCGUGGACCCAAAGAGCCAGCAGUGGACUAUGAUGAGAGAGACGCCGAAGAAGAUUACUUUCUUGCAGAAGGGACACGGAAGUGGUGGCGACUGCCUUUGAACAGGGGAGGAGUCGAUGGCCUUCGGGGAAAUCUGGCAGAAACUCUCCUCAAGCACAUCAGAAACAAGCUCCCAGAUCUUAUUGAAGAGGUUGAAAAAGAGAUUGAGACUCGUCAGGCGCGCCUCAAGAAAAUGGGAGCAUCCAGAACCAACAUCAACGAGAUGCGAGACUAUCUACUCGGCAUCUCGGCCACUUUCCACAGGCUCGCCGAGCAUGCUGUCGAAGGACGGUACAACGAUCCAUUCUUUGCGAGUCCCACUGUCCAAGAGACUAGCAAGAUCAAGUUCAGAAAGCUGAGGGCUCUGCUCCGAAACUUGAAUCGAGCGUUUGCGCUCACCAUGAAGCGCAAGGGAGCCAGAUACAAGAUUCAGUGGGAGCAGGAACAGCAGGAUAACGACAACGGCGAGAACGCAGAAGAGCAGCUUGCCAACUACAUGGCCGAAGCUGAGGCCCCCGAGUAUCUCCAGCCUUAUCUCGACCUGUACGAUUUCCCAGACCCGACGCUCAAGUCAGAGGCCACAAUCAACACCAGAAUCGAGCGAAUAGCUUCUGGUAGCCAAGGCGCUGAGUUUCCCGGCCUGCCAAAUAGCGAUCUCAUCAUGCAGCUCUUCCGUGAUUUAUCUGAACCAUGGCCACGCAUUGCUCUCCGCCACCUCGACAUCGUCGUCGAACGGACGAGACUCUUUGUCUACCACUUGUUUGACUACAUCUUGGAAGACGACAAGAAGACUCGAGAUGCCAUCUUGGCCGAAUACGUGGACCCUGUGUUUGAAACCACCACCGAAGCACUGAAGAGCAAGUUGAACGAGAUUUUACGUCCCUACACCUCGGGCCAUGGCCUUCCACUUGAUUUGGAGUUUCGAGCAGGGCUCUCGAAGCGCAAGCUUGCCCGUAUGACGGCGCAGAUUGCUGAGCUUCUUGAGCAGAAUCAGAGCUCCUUUACGUAUAGUACGACGUCGUACCGGUUAAUCAAGUAUGCAGAUGUUCGGAAUAUGGUCAUGGAGGCGAAUGGAAUGACGCUGAGCAGCGAUUUUGGAACGGAUGUUGUUAUUGACAUGAUGUUGACACAUUAUGAGGCAAGCCUCAAAACAUUUACAGACAACGUUGUCCACCUGGUCAUCGAAAACUGCCUCGUUUCCAACCUUACCGACAUCUUCUCCACAAAGAUUGUAACUCAGAUGAGCGACGACAAGCUCAGACAAGUCGCCGAAGAGUUGCCUAAAGUGAGGGAAGAGAGAAUCGAGCUGGAAGAUGAGAUUGAGAAACUGAGACUCGGACUGCAAGAGUGCCAGCGUUCCAGGCCUAGAAAUUUCGCGGAGCCGGCAGAUAAUUUUCCUGAGCUCACAUCUCCAACUGGAACCAAGGCUCCAGAGCCAAACACAUUCUCGCACAAAGACGUCAAGAAGCCAGCAUCGAGAAAAUAUCGGGUCAAGCUGCCGCCUUUCACAGAAUAUGCAAAGAUCACUACUCCGUCGGAGUCACCGUUUGGUCAAGUUGCCUCGACUGGUGUCAGUUUUGCGACGCUCCUGCAGAAAGAGCCAGACAUUUCAUUUUCUGCUUUGAAGGGAAAGGCUCCCGUCUUCGGCACAGAUGUCAAUGAAGACACCUACGAGUUUGAGAGCGAUGAUGAAAAGGCGAAAAGAGUCAAGUCUGAGUCUGAGCCCAGCAUCUUUGGCUCGCGCAAAAUCGCUGAACCGAGUAAAAGGAUUCCAAGCCCUGCCACCUCUUUGUUUGGUGCAAAGGCCCCAGCCGCCAAAAGCUCCCUAUUCGGGAGUGGUGCAGCAAUAACUACGACUCCUGCAACUGCAACCCCUGUGACAGCUUUUGGCUCUGUUCCUGCUUCUAGCAGCAACUCAGCCCAGGGCACUGGUAAUACUGCAGCAACUACAACUGCAGCCGUGAAGCCCGCAUUCGGAUCACAAAACUUUGCAAAGCCGGCUGAUGAUUCCACGUCUGGCUCGACUGCGGCAACUACAGCUACAGCUGCUAAGCCUGUAUUCGGCUCUCAGAACCGCCCAAAGCCAACUACUGGCUCUACAUCUAAUCCUACUGCAUCUGCAGCCCCUGUUUCCGCAUUCGGUUCUGUAUUACUGGCUCAGAAUGCCGCCCAAAUACCAUCUCUUGGUGGUAAAACCCCCUCAGCUGCAACAACCCCAGCAGCUAAGCCGUCUCUUUUUGGUGCUGCUACACCAACUUCACAGGCUUCUGCUGCUCCUAAACUGUCUCUUUUUGGUGCAACAACUACGUCUCCUCAAGCCUCUGUUCCUAAGCCAUCUCUAUUUGGUUCUGGUAUAGCGACUUCGCAGUCUCCUUCUGUCAAGCCGUCUUUAUUUGGCGCAGCGACCUCGACUUCUCAGGCCCCUGCUCCCAAGUCAUCUGUUUUUGGUUCUGGUGCAGCCACGACAACUUCUCAAGCUGCUGCUCCAAUAGCAUCAUUCUUUGGUACUGUUGCAGCCACGACGUCUUCGCAGUCUACUGCACCCAAGCCGUCUCUGUUUGGUACAACUGCAGCGCCUUCUGUUCCUGCGAUGCCCUUUGGAGUCUCAAAACCUUUGGUUUCUGCUCCGAAGCCGUCCCUUUUUGGCACGUCCACAACAUCGGCGACGACGGCAGCGACGACGACAGGACUGACGACUGAGAAGAAAACAUUGGCGACGACGGUGGAAUCAUCAAACUCUACACCGUCCAAGACACCAUCGACUGAUGGCUUGGUUGGAUCGCCAGCUGCACCUCCACCACAGUCAUCUCUAUCCGACACUGUAAAAUCGUCGUCGUCGUCAAUUGUUAACGCUUAG